CGAAGAAAUCCAAACCGUUCAAUCGAAAGGGAUCAAGCUGGUGGCUGCGGCACAAGACCGGGAGAUCGGAGAGCGAAAGCUAUGGAAGCGGCGAGGAAGAAGAUGAUGGAGUUCUUUGGGAAGCAGGAGAACCUGAUGAACUUGUUUCUCGCCGGAGCCUUCGCGGCGCUUUCAUGGCGGUCUUAUCAGCAGCAGAAGGAGAUCGACGUGCUCGAGGCGGAGAAAUCGGCUCUGCGGAGCGGCAACAUGGCCAUGUCCUCAACCAUGUGGGCGUGGCGCGAGCACUUCUUUAACCUCGCCGAAGCUGAUCCCUCGUCCGCUCCCAUAUCUCUCGCUCGCCUCCGCGCCAUCUACGGUGAGGAGGAAAUGGUUGCCGAGGCCACGUCGUCCCAGUUGGACGGAGAUAUCCGUCGCGAUCGAGCAGAAGAUGCCGCUGCAAAUGAGCCCAUUAUUGCUUGAUGUAUAAGCUGGACAAUUCGCUUUAUGGAACGCGUAAGUUGGAUUCGUAACUGUAAUUGUUUGAUCAUAAGAAUGAGCUCAACCUCAUUUGUGGUUGAGUACUUUUGGACUGAUUACCUUGAAGCUCAAAAUUUGUUUGGUUUCAUGCCC